AUGGAGGUGGUGCCGGGGCAAGAGUUUGAUUUGCCGCUGGACGUGGGCGAUGCCGAGGUGAGCGCCGUGGCGUUUCAUCCCGACAAGCCCGUGGCCUACGUCGCCGCUGGCGAACACCUCUUCGCGUACGACCUGUACAGCGGCGCAUUGAGCGGCAGGGGGCGGGUCAAUCCGGGCAGUCGCAUCCAUGCGCUCGUUUCCUCGCCCGACUACCUCGUCGCCGCCACCGAACAAAAGCUCUCGUUCAAGAUGGACGCGAAGAAGCCCGUGACCGCGCUCGCUUGCGACCCCGGACAGCCGCAGAUCGCGGCGGCAUCGUCCGAUGGUGUCGUGCGGGUGUGGGACUACACCAGGCAGCGCAUUCACUUCCAAACUGACGACUUCAACACGAUCUCGCUGGCCAAGAAGAUUCCGCUGUCGCGUAUCAGCGCGCUCGAGUUCUUCCAGCAGCAGAUCGUCGCCGUCGGACAGAACGGUGUCGUCGUGCUGUGGAACCUCUCCCUGAAGGAGGCCAGCAAAGUUUCUGCCGGCUGCCGCAUCAUGAGGCACAUGCUGCCGGUCGUGGGCGCAGCGGCCCAUCACGCGCUGCCCUGCCUGCUCACGCUGAGCGCCAACGGCACGCUCUUCUCGUGGAAGCUCACCACCCACCCCGACAAGAAGAUCAGCAUCCACCCGGGCGGCUAUACGCAGGACUUCAACGCUGUGGUGACGGAGACGGAGAGGCGGGUGGACUAUGUGUCGAGCUUCGGCGACCGGUCGGACGCUCCGCAGCUGGAAGCCACUGGGCUCGUCGCGCAUCAGUCGCUGAACUACCUCGCCUUCACCUUCAACAAGUCGCCCAAGCCGGACGGAGUUCCUUCUUUGCAGGUGGGAACGCGCGUCUGCUUCUAUUCCCUCAUGCCUCGAUCGAAUCCGGCGAUGCUGCUGCCCCAGGCGGAGAGGGUGGAGGUGCAGUCGGACUUCUUCCACGAGGAGCGGUUCACGUUCGACUUCCCCGUCGACCGCUUCCACUUCGUCGAUCGCAACAAGGUCCAGUCCCACUCGCUGUUGGACGGGAACAACAUGCUCGAAGACGAGCUGCCGACGGUGCCGGAGGACGUCGGCACGACCCUCCACCCGACCCGCUUCCUCUACAGCCCCAUCCUGCGCCAGUUCCUCGUCUUCAGCGAACUCUACGACACCAUCGCCCUCAACAAGGACGAAGAUUCGUCGUUCGAUUCGAUUUCGAAUGUGAGGGAGCAGAAGAAGUCGCUGUUGUCGCUGAAGCUGAAGGAGGGCAAGGCGAACUCGAGCGGCAGCGUCGCCGGCGACGAAGGCGGCCCCGAGGACCCCGACAGCAAGGACGCCACCAACAACAACAAGAAGGAGAGGCACCACCACGCCAAGGAGAAGAAGAAGCUCAUGGCCAAGUUCCAGGUCCGCACCUACGCGCACCUGCCCGCCGCCUCGGUCUCCCAGAGGACCAAGUACCGCUACUGGCUGAGCGCCGACCACAAUUCGAGCGAAGGCAAGAACGCGCCGCGCGUGCUGCAGAAGGGCCGUGACGGUGUUUUCAUCGGCAGCCACCACCUCGAAUACGUCGUCAUCUCGGAGAGCGGCGAAAAGCUACAUGUGGCCUCCACCAACGCCCCGACGUCGUCGAAGGCCUCGCACAAGCUGAAGCUCGACCUCCCGCGCCCCAUGCUGCGCGUGUUCAAGACUCCCCUUGCGAGCGAGAGGGCGGUGCUGUAUUUCGACCCGACGGACAGCAAGGUGGUGUACUCGCUGAACGUGGCGACGGGAUCGACGGAGAUCACUGCAUUCCUGCCCUCGCCCGAGCGCCGCCAUAGCCUCAAGCUCUACCGCGGCGAAGUCCCCAUCGACGUGCUGUGGAAGCCGCAGGCGGCUUCGUCGCACACGCACCUGGCUGCGGUGGUCACGACCCACUUCAUUCGCCUGUUUUCCUCCGAUCUGAGGGGCAACAUCCGCGAGAUCUUCAAGUACGAGAAGCCCUACAAGGCCGGCCCGGCCUACUUCCAGAGCGGCUACUGGCUCGGCAGUUCGUUCCUAUUUUCGACGCCCACCGGCAUCUCGUAUCUGACCAUCGAGGGCAUCGUCAGGCCCCUCUGCUCUCUCGACGUGGCCGGCGCAGUGAUCACGGCGGUGAUGAACGACCGCAUCUUCUACGCGUGCCCGUAUCACGACCGCACCCAGAUCCGCUCGCAGCCCGUUGGCCUGCUCGAGCCGCUUCUCAUGGGCCAACUGUCGAUGGCGCCCUUCCUCCGUCUCUCGCCUCAUCACCUGAGGCCCCUCAUCGCGAGAAUUGUGGGCCGCUUUGACUGCAGGCGCGUCAGUCAGUUCCUCCUCGAGGAGCUCGACAGGAGGGGACUGCCUGACUUGGCGUUCGCGCUCGCCGAGAACUCGAUUCUGUUGGACGACAUCUACAAGUACGAGUUGGCGGUCAGGUCGCUCUCCUUCCACAAGGCGAUCAACCUCCUCUACAAGGCCUACAAGAACUCGCCUGAGUACCCGGCCCUGCCCGAGUCGUCGGAGCUGCGCGGCCGCUUCGUCCACCUGGCCGAGGUGGCGGUGGACUUCCAGCAGUACGAGAUCGCCAGACGCUGCUACGAAGUGCUCAACGACUACUACGCUCUGCUCCACAUCUACGCCAUCUGCAGGGAUGUGGAUGGCCUCAAGUCGCUCACUGUCAGCGACAUUCAAGACGCGCCCGUGGGUCUUGCCGAGCUGGCCCAGAUGUUAAUCGUUGUCGAGGCCCAGAACGCAGAGAAGCCGGCGGGAGUGUCCAACGCGACCUUCACGUCGCUCUACACGACCAGCCACUGGAACGCCCUCCAGGCCACCCAUCCCAUCAUGCGGGCACCUGCCUUGUUGCAAUCUUGA